AGUGAACAAGGGGGGAUUGACUUUCGUACAUACGAGAAUCUUACCAGUCUCACAGCACCCUUCGGGACCACAAACACCCCAGUGAUUGGAACGAAAAUUAUAGGAGGUGUACAGGUCCCUGUCAUUGAACACCUUUCUUCCAGUCAGGAAAAUGGCAGUUUUGGAAUCGGCAUCACAAAGCUGACUGACAUAGCAGACAAGCCAAACAAUGUCAACCCAGACCUUCUGAGACGGGGUGCCCGUACCUACUUCAGCGCUCAGCAGCCUAAGGAUGACUUUGAGCAGGACAAUUUUCAAUCACACCUGCAUGGUAAGCCGACCUUUCAUGGAAGAAAUCGCCCCGAUUCAAAGUCUUUGACACGAGGAUGGAAGGUAGAUGCUCUUCAAACCAAUAAAAACAAGAACCAGCUGUCCACUAUUUUUGAACCAGAGAUGGGAAACCCAAACGCUUUACAAUUGGAAACGGAAUAUGGCGACAAAUAUAUGAUGGAUGGAAAAGAUGAAAGGCCAUUAAGUGAUCAACACAAAAUGAAACCAAACGGACGGAUGUAUGAUUCUGCUGAGUUCCCAAAAGCUCUCAGUGAUAUAGGUCCACCUCCUGUCUCAAAGGAAUACCAAAUAAGCCAGCAUCCUGCCAAAGAUUCGUUUGCAAACUCACAUCCAUAUAUUGACCACAGUGAACAGACACCACGGACUGUGCUUAACGAGGAGCGCAAUAGACUGUUAAAGUAUUUGUGGAGUGCAAACCAUGGCACCCUCCCUCAGAGACCUAUCGAGCUCUCACUGGUGGAGGAAGAGAAGUUAGGGCACAUUGUUAGUGUGGAAUUGGAUGGUGUACCAAGGAAACGACUUGACAAGGUUCAUGCCGAUGUCAUUUCAGCGGACUGGGCACAAAAUGGCACAUGUGCUCUGGUGGCCAUGAAAAAAGCUCUGGAAGCAAGUCAGAUACGUUUAGACCCAGAUACAGUGCGAUUGGUGGCAGCUAAGUUUGUUGACCGUAAUCAGAAUGGAUGGAUAUUUUAUCGGGAUUUUAUUAGAUAUCUUAAGAAAUUUUUGCCUAAAGAACCACAGAGCAAUUUUGAACAGCGGUUCCAAAGUCAUCCCAGCUCCCCGAUGGAUGACCUCAACCCACAGAUACAUCGGACAUUCGGAAAAACAUUACAGAUUGCCAAACAACAACUAGCUGAUCAGCAUAUCAGAUUAAACCUAUCUGCAAUAAGGAAGGAGUUUGAAAUGAAAGAUAAGCCCUUUAGAGGUCGUCUCUCUGAGUCUGAGAUCUUUGAUGUGAUAUACAAAUACAAUGUAACACUGCCGAAGGAUGUAUUUAGAGACCUUCUCAACAUGAAAGGACGCCGGCCAGUUGAUGGACAGUAUGACUGGCAGGCCUUCCUCAGUGUCCUUGAGAUGAUUCAGGCUGAUGCCACUGGUUUGGAACUCCCACGCAGCAAGCGACCACUGGAGUAUGCCAAGCCCACACUAGAGACGUACGAGUCCUGGCCUAGGAGCACUCCUCGCAGGGACAACCAACCCUACGACGGUUACCGACAGCAAACCGACCGGCAAACUGAGGAUAACUGGCAACGUGAUGGCUACCAACCCUCAUUCAGCAAUGGAGACACAUAUAAUCAGGUGUAUAAUGGAAACACAUCUCACAGACGGGAACCAUCGCCGAGCCGCGCUCAACAGAUGACGUAUAGAAAUGAUGACGUCAACUCUAGAUACCCACCCAUAGGCAAAUAUACCCCUACACAGUCACCCCGACAGUUGCAGGAAGAGAUUGACAAGAUGGAAAAUGAAAUUAAGGCAUUGCAAGACCGAAAUGAGGAGAUAAUUCACCAUAAAAAUGAGGAAAGACAGGCACUUGUAGCAGCCAUCACAAGUCUAGGGAAAAGCCUAUACGGGAUUGACGAGAUGAGAUACCGGUCAUCAGGUCGAGUUCACAUGACUGAAGUGGUGGAAGAAUCGCUCAAACAUAGACUACCACUUCCUCAGCGAUUUUUGGAGGAUGCCGCUGACAAAUGCAGGAAUGCCAAAGGAAUGGUAGACAUUCAGAAAUACCUCGACCUGAUCAAGGCGCUGGUCAUCACUUAAUCAGUUGUUACCUUGGAAACCAGUCUCCAUGGCAACAAACACUCAUUGUUAUUGAAGAUCUGUGAUAUCUACACCUCCGUCCACUUCUCAUGCAGCCCAGUUGAGGCCAACCUCACAUCGUACUUUAAGUCCAUAGUUAAUUUAUUUGAAAUGUAUGUAGCAAAUUAUAUCAACUUUAGUCAGCAUUUGUAGUGAAACUUUCAGCUAACUCAAUGUUUUUGAUGGAAAGCAAAUAACUUCUGAAAUCAGUGUUAAAGAUAGGGUAGUGAUGCUACUUCGUAAUAGAAUCUUAUCAGAUUUUCGUGCUAAAGGAUAAGCAUUUACCAAGUGAUGUUUUCACAUGAAGAACUUUUUUUUUUUUCUAGUUGAAAAAAUAUUGAUAUUGAACCAUUUGUAGAAAAAAAAGACUUAUAAAGAGCAAACACAUUGUGACAUUUCUGUAAUUAUUUCUGUAUUGUGAUGAUACGAUACAAUUAUUCACUAAACUUUAAUAUAAUGACUACGAUAAUUCACUAAAUUUACCAUGGUGACACAACAAUUUAUCGUAAAUAUGCACUUUAUCAAUAUUUGUGAAAUUCUGUCAUAACAGUGCUACUUUGUUUGUGUUUCGAAAUUUACUCAAACUGAAUUACGUCCAAUGUUCUUGAUGAAAUCUAUUAUGAUCAUGUAUUUAACAUUUAACUGAUAUCCCUACAUUUUAUUUGAGGUGAAUACUGUGAUUCUUUACCUACAAAUAAACACUAAGUCAUCAUAGGUAUGCCAAUUAGGAAUUUUCCUACAGUAUAGACAUUAUAUAACAAGUUCAAUAUGAAAGGAAGCCAGAAACGUUUUUCAAAAAAUUAAAUAUAAGACAUUUUAGAAUUAUCAAAUUGAUAUUAAUGUGAUGCAAAUUAUUGUUGUUAUAUAAAUCUUCAAACGUUGAUUGUGUUGGUGAGAGUUUGGAUAGGAAUUUGGUAAACUUUUUCGUAAUUCAUGUUUGAAAUCGUUUAUGUGGAAGGGAGACAUUUUGUGUUUGCUCUUUUCAUUUUUUCGAUGAGCCCCUAAAGAGAAUUAUCAUAACAAAAUAUGUUACACAGUAUUUCGUAACAUUUUCGACAGGUAGAAAAUACUUUUAGUAUUUAUUGUAAUAAUAAGGUUACCAAGUCAUUGAGGACAUCAUUGUAAGAAACUAUGAUCAUACUAAUUCACAUUAUUAACAAGACAAAAUGACUCAUAAAUGCUAACCUUGUUAUUGGUCAAUGUAUUGAAAUGGCAAAAAUAUCAAAUUGUUGUUUUCUCUACUACAUGAUGUUCUAUUCUAACAUGUAUCUGCAGAAGGAGUUACUCAAUUGCUUGCAAAUAAAAAAUUCAAAUUUAAAAUUUGGGUAUCCUAGAUUGUACUUUUCUUGCACCUGGGACAGGGAUAUAUGAAUGAUACCUGUGCCAGUUUUGUCAGGGGUUUUAUUGGUUUUAGGAUAUUUAUUCUACACUGAUAUUUUGAAUUUGAAAUCUACACCUUUUUGAGCACGGAUUAUAUUGUUUACAUGAAAGCUUUUAAAUGUGGAUUUAGUGGUGCAGAUCAUAUUGAGGCCCAAGACAGGAUACCUGUUGUUUCCGAACUUAUGAGGUGCAAGAAAAAAUCAAUUAUCUGCAACUAAUUAGCAAGAUCAGGUUAUUCCAGAUAAAAAUCUGUAACAUCCCAUCAUUGGAUGGCACCUCUGUUGGGGUUAUAUUACAGAAUAUUGACUGAGCUCGCUCAUUUACAUGAGUUCUGUGAUUGAUAUUUAUUUGUCGAUAUAUAUCAUUAUCAUGUAUGACAUUGUGUUAUGGUAGAAAUCAUUGUCUCCAUCAAUCAUGCCCAUUGAUUUGGAAGGUAGAUCAUGGUGCCACUUAGAUAACUAUAAUCAAAAUACCUGGCCCUGUAGACAGCAGUUAAUUACCUCCCCUUGUUUUAAUAGAUUUAUUGCUGUACUAGAUCAGUCAUGUGAUUAUCACAUGAUCAGAUGUUUUAACCCUUUCACCUCUAUGUAAUUUGAGUAGACUCUACCAUGCAUUUAUCUGGAUGAGUCCAUUAUGGUCUACAGUAGUAAAAGGGUUCUUAAUAGAAGAUCUAUUAUUGUACUGGAACAGUUAUCUUACAUUGUGAACUUUUGCUGGAUUACAAGUUUAUAUCCCUAUCAAUAUGUUAAUUUUUUUAUUUCUGAUUAUGUCAGUUACCUCCCCUUAUCAGGAGGGGACUUAGUGUUACAAUGGGUCAGUUUUGUAAGAUCACAUGUUUAAAUAGAAAUCAUAUUUCAGUACUACAGCAGUUAUGUCCUCUGAUUACAAGGUUAAAUAGAAAAAAAUAAUGCUGUAUUUGACAGGUAAUUAUAAGUCCAUUUAUCAGAAUGAUGCACUGCAUCUUCAAAUAAGUGAAAAUUAAAAAAUCAACUUUUAACAGAUGAUAAUUCAAUUUCAUAACAUUAUUUAAACAAUUUCUAUGUUCAAGCAGUAUCAGAACCCAUAGCAAUGAAUUGAUGUAUUUUUAGCUGAUAUCCGGAGAUAGCCAGAGUAAUUACCGUUCCUUUAAUUUAGUUGCUCGGGAUUUGCUGGUCUGCUUCCGUUUAUUGCAAUCCAAACAGUUGGACCAGUUGGACCAGAUUUAAUCAUUUAUGAAAUAAGGAGGAACCUAGUAAUUUGAUGUUGUUUUCUGACGAGCCUCAGCACUUUAUUCACAUUAAGACUUUCAAGGCCUGCAUUAACAUUUGCAGGUCGACUAGUUUUACUCCUAAAAUAGUACAUUUAAAAUAAACAUUCGACAAACCGGUUGGUCCGCAUAAACGAACAGAAAGAAAAUGUGAAGCCUCAAUAUGCUGUAGCUUUUAAAAAAAAAAACUAAAAACAAAAUAUGGAAAAUCGUGUCAAAAUUCUAGCUUCUAAGUUUUCCACAUCUGAUUUGACUCUCCAUUUAAGCUGACCAUUUUAAGUUUUGAUUAUAAUGCAAAUUUACAUUUCAUAAGGGGUCAUUAUUAAGGUCACUUUAAGUUAAUGUUUAUUAUGUUCUUUAGUCUGCAAGUGACUAUGUUGGUCUCAUAUAAUUUUCAUGAUACUCAUUGUGAUAGGCUUCAUGUGUUUAGUCUGUUAAAGUACUUUUUACUAAGUUCUGUUUAAUACACUACUUACUAGCUAUACAUAUACUGGAUGUUUUAAUUUAUAUUUGUUUAACAUCAUCUAGAAAGGUCUGUGAUAUUUACAUCGAAAUAUUAACCAAUUAAUAAAGAUUUAGAUUU